AUGGAUGUUUCUUCCACUUCCGAUGAUGAAAUAACCCUCUUGCGCACUUGGGCCCUGACUGUCACUCAUGUGGCAUGUGAUUAUACGGAACAGAAAUUCAAUGCAGAGAAGACAGGAGGAGACCCAGUUAUACCUUCUCCAAACCUAGACACUGAUCUGGUGAUGGCUUGUGAUCAAUUGGUUGAUCGGCUCAUAAAGGCAUAUAAAAAUCCCAUUCAGAUGCCGAUUGAUAUUGCAAGAUAUAGCAAAUUGAUCUCCCCAAAGGACACGGGGCGUAAUGAAGAGAGAGAGGAAAAGUUGCUUGAGAGGUGUCCUCCUGGCCAUGAGGGCACAAAGUUGAUCGACAUACCCGCGACAAUUCUUGAUGCAUCCGGUGCCAUCAUCGCAUGGUACCUCCCAGACGCCUUGACCGAUGCCACCCAGAAUGAAAUUUGGGCGGCCUCGGAUUUGCUAGCUCCCAUGCUCGAACAAAGCAUAAAGCUCGAUGGGAUUUGGCGGACUAAUCAACAGUGGUUCACACCAAGCUCGGAAAAUGAUGUCCUAACUCCCGGAUGCGUUAAUUUAUCUCCGGCAUGGUUUCAGCAGGGGCACGAGAAUCAGUCCGAUCCGGAGGUAUCUGCAUCAUUGAAGGGACCAUCCUCCGAGAACAUCCUCAAAGCCAUUGCGAGGCCAGCAGCCAUUGCCACAGCGGCACUCAGGGUGAUGCAUCCUGAGCAGUACUGGGCAGGGUUGCAAGCCUUUGCGAGCCUCGGAGAAAAGGCACGAAGCAAGGAACUGCCGAAGAUGUCAGAGACUCUCCAGUACUGGGCAACGGUGUUUAACAGCCUCACCGUCAUAUGCAAUCGGGAAACCCCGAAUCAUCGAGACCCCUCAUCGAUUUCCGAAUGCUUCGAUAUUCUCACUAGCGUGGGGAAUUAUUCUAAUGCUCGGAUGAGUAUGCCAAGCCUGCAGCUGGAGUUAAGUGGAAGGGGAUCGGAUUGCCUGGGCAUGGUAUAUGAGGGAUGCUGUUCAUGUUUAUGCUGGGAUUCCGUCGUGUGGAUGGGCAAGGUUGGAUUGGAAGAAGUAGAAAGUGAUUGUACACAUUCACCGACUACGAGUACCGGGUUUCGGGUUUCGGUACACGGUACCCGGUACUUGAUAGUCGGGACUCGAUAUUCGAUUUCACCGACUACCGAGUACCGGGUUUCGGGGUUCGGUACACGGUACCCGUGUCGAAUCUCGGGCUUCGGGCUUCGUGUUUCGGGUCUCGAUAAUAGGGACUCGAUACUCGAUGGUCGGCACUCACAUCUCGGGCUUCGGGAGUCGAUUGUCGGGACUCGGGUUUCAAGACUCGGUAGUUGGGACUCGAUAGUGCGGAUUCGGGUUUCAAGACUCGGUACCCGGUACUCGGGUUUCGGUACUCGGUGA